AUGAGACGCAACAAGAAGGUAAUAGUAGAGAACCUCCAUUUCUUUGUGUUUAUCAUGAUCCCCAUUGUAUGUGCCAUCUAUUUUGUACCUGGAUUCAUUAAUCCAUUCACUAUAGAUGAGUUCAAGAUUAAUUUCAAGGUUAUUCUCCUUCUGAGAACUUUCUGCGAAGUUCGGCCUGAGGAGUGUGCUUUGUUGCUCGAUCCGGAUUACGGGAAUAAAGACUACUUAAAGCGAAAGGUAUUUCAGAACUACGACCUCAUAUAUGUACGCCAUCGCUCAGUAGAAAUUUGGGAUAAUAUGCUUUUGGCAGUUGUAACAACUACACCAGUCAAGAAGCUUGCACAAAUAUUUCAGUUUGUCAAUUUGGAAGACAUCGACAACCCCGACGUUUUUUGGUCAAAGUGGGAGGAAUCGAUAGAAAUUGUGCUUGCAAUCAUCAACUCGAUGAUGUUCCAUACGAUUAGAGGGCUCAUAGUGUCCAGAAUGUGGGUUUUCUUCGUCUUCUGUUUCACCAUAUCGGUGGGAGAUUCGUGGGCAUCAGUGUGUGAACAACUUGCACUAGUACUUCGUUCCGCAACAAACGUGUUUUAG